CAGGGUCUGUCCGCCUCGUGUUUUGUCCGCGCCAUCCCAUCCCCAGACGUAGUGUGUGUGUGUGGCUGAGCGCCAAGCCGGGGAGGGACCCGCAUCAGGAGUGGGCGACGUGAACUUGUUGCUCCGGGUGUUGGGGUGGGGGACUGGAAGGCUUCCUGGAGGCGGUGACUUUCUGCAGAGCCCUUAAGGGCAGAUUCAUUCAUCCAAGGAAGGAGUAUUUUUUGGCGCCUAUUGUGUGCCAGGCUUUCGGGUCUGUGUGUCCUAGAGCUGCCGAUUGUGCCAAAAUUCCUAGGGGACCCCCACCCCCAAGUGUGCGCCCACUCAACAGAGGGAUGCCAGGCAUACCGGGCAAAGACGCCAGCGGGCCCGCCUGCUGGACCCCUGAGAGCGUGACGGCCCGCAGACACGGCCGCCUGCUUCCGCACACAGCAGGGGCAGAGUCCAGACACACCUCUUCGCGCCCCCCGGCCGGCCAGGCGGCGCGGGACUACAUCUCCCAGCAUGCCCCCGCGGCCCCGAGCCAGGGGAGGCUCGGUGAGUCACAGCCGCACAGUAAAUAUUUGUAUUAGCCGGAGCCGGCUCGCUAAUGGUGGACGCGUGAGGCGGAGGAGAGCGGCGGCGGGAGGCAGCGGGCAGCGCGGCGGCGGCGCCAUGUCCGUGAACAUGGACGAGCUCAAGCACCAGGUCAUGAUCAACCAGUUCGUGCUGACGGCGGGCUGCGCGGCCGACCAGGCGAAGCAGCUGCUGCAGGCGGCCCACUGGCAGUUCGAGACGGCCCUCAGCGCCUUUUUCCAGGAGACCAACAUCCCCUAUAGCCACCACCACCACCAGAUGAUGUGCACUCCUGCCAACACCCCCGCCACGCCCCCCAACUUCCCCGAUGCCCUCACCAUGUUCUCCCGUCUCAAGGCUUCCGAGAGUUUCCACGGUGGCGGCAGUGGCAGCCCAAUGGCCGCCACGGCCACGUCCCCCCCGCCGCACUUUCCCCACGCCGCCACCGGCAGCUUCGCGGCACCCAGCUGGCCGACCGCGGCCUCGCCCCCAGGGGGGCCACAGCACCACCAGCCACAGCAGCCGCCCCUGUGGACUCCGGCACCCCCUUCCCCAGCGUCAGACUGGCCGCCCUUGGCCCCCCAACAGGCCGCCUCAGAACCGAGGGCCCACCCCGCCAUGGAGGCCGAGAGAUAAGGGAGGCCCCUCCCCCCUCCCGGAGGCCAGGAUCCUGUGGGGCGGGGGAGAGGAUGUCUCCGCGGGCCCCCUUCACCCUCCUCUGUCCGCACCCCCGUUCCCCGGAGCCCUGGAGGGGAGAGACCGGACCCUGGUGCCAGCACACAGGCCGCCCGCGCGCAAACAUGGAGGCGCAGGCCCGCGGCACCCAGCUUGCAUGGAUGUGGUUCAGAGUCGUCUUGGUGCUGGUGGACGGAACUUCAGAGAACAAGCAGCCUUCCCCAGAGGACUCGCUCGCCCUGCCCCACCCCAGGGGGCUGCGGAGAAUCACCACAGCAGCGGAGACUUGGCUGGCUCCUGCCUUGGAGCUCCUUGGGGGCCAGCAGGCCUAGAUCCCCACCCUCGGGAAUGCAGAGCCUUCUCCGCAUGUGUGUGUGUAGCUGUGUAUGUAUUUAUAUGUAUGUCGCUCCUCAAGACGCAACCUAGUUUACGGGGCAGCUGGACUUUGCAUGUUAGAGUGAGCCCCCAAACCCCUUGCCCGCCACCCCUCUCCCCAGGGCCCUGCCCCUCUCUCCUACCCCCUUGUCAGCCAGCCUUGCUGUUCCCUGCAGAGAAAAGAAUUGUGGGAAACUCCAGGACUCUUCCCACCCAUUCCCCAGCGCUUGCCUGCUGGGGCUGCCUGCAUGCCUCCCCCAGAGCCCGGGGGUACCUCACACCCUUUCCUUCCCCCUUUUAACAAAAGAGAAGAAAAGAGUUCAAACUAC